GGCCGUUUCUCAUUUCCCAGGGACAUCUUGAGGAAAUCUCGUGAAGUGCCGUGUUCCAUUGGGCAAGUGAAUUGGAAAGAGUCAGGUUAUCCCUGGCCAUGGAGGUAUGCGCUGCCGAGGAGCGAGUGGUCUACUCCAGAUCGCAGAUGGUGUUCGCAGGAACAAAGGCGCUGGAGGAUGCGCUCAAGAUCUUCAUGCCUAAGUGCAAUGACUUUCACAACUCGGAGCUGGAACUGUGGGACUUCCUGUGCAGCAUGAGGGAGGAAGGUUUCUCCCCGGUCAUCCUCCGCAGUAAGGAUGUGUACGGAUAUUCUUCAUGCCGCUCCAUGGUACCUGAAGCAAAGCCCACGGCUGAAAUUAAAUCUACCGCCGAGAGGGCGCCCAGGAGUCGGCGAAGGAGACAAAGGAAAGCGGGAACCAAUGCGGGGGUGCCCGUCAACAAGAAAAGCAAAAGCUGCCCCACAAAGACCUCUCCUUCGCAGGUUAUGAGCAGGGUUUUACGAGGCAACUUAUCUCGGAAAGCCGCCGCUGCGUUCAGGCUAACUACCUUUCCAACCAUAAAAGUUGAAGAUUCGUCUUCCGAUGAAAGUGUUUCCAAAGCACGGCAAAGGGCUCAAAAAAUUCUUAAAGUAAACUUGUCCCCUGUGAUCCGAUUAAGACCUGUGAGGGUGGCGUGAUUUAAGUUUCUAAUUGUGGGACUUUUUUGAAGUCGGAGUAAAUAAUUUUAAUGUAUUUUUAUCCUUAUUAUAUUCAGAUCCCAUUUAAUAUGUUUAUAGAUAAACACAAGCUUCAGGGAGUGUCUUUUUUUUAUUUUUGACCUUGAUUACUUGUUGAACCAGUUUUGUUCUGUUCCAACUCUCACACCAUUUUCUUGUAACAUCUCGCUACCUCCCCCUACAAUUGUUAUUGUAGACACGUAACCCGUCUGAAAUUGGUAACGAUAAUAGAAGAGGAUCAAAGAUUAAAUUACCAGUUUACAUUUUCGUUAGUUAAGUGUUGAAGUCACAAAGCUUGACCUCUUGAGGGGAUACCAUAAACAUCCAAGAAUAGGGAUCCAGAAUCUGGUUGGAAUUGAUCCUUUGUCUUUGGUUAACUUGUAAUCAUUGGACCGUGCAUUAGUAAUUUAAUUAUUCAGCAAGGGAAACUUGGAGUACUUGUAGGCGUUAUAAUCUCCAUGAAUUGAGAUUAUUUGUGUGGUCUUCACUGGGCAUCCUUUCUCAAAAGCAUGAUUAAUUUUGGGUCCAAAUGUAAAGUAAGAAUUGGAAAAUAUUAUGGUGCAUCCAGUUGAACUUCUAUGGUUUGAAAGGCUUGUUUUUGAUUAGAAGAAUAAGCUGAACAUGGCACUUAUUAUUCUAUGGUGUGCAAAUGCUGCAGGUUUAGAAAACUGCUAUUUGUGAUGGUUGGCCAACAUGCUAAGUAGAUGCUGUGUUUUUGUGGUCUCCAACUGCUAUGAUGGAACUUUGGAAACUUCAUUGCCAUGGAAUAAAACAUGAUGCUUUGAGGUUCAUGCAAUGAAUUCUGAAAGAUUAGUCUUUAUCAUAAAAAAAUCAUUGAUAUAAUGAAUAUAGCUAAUUUAGGUACAGUUUGUAAAAGGUACAAAUUCCAACAUCUUGGCUGAUGGAUAACCAUAUUAAAUCAAGGUGAUGUUCCUUUCCCCUAAGUCAAUAACACUGAUGACCCCCUUAAGAUGACAUGGGUGUAAAGACUAUAAACUGGAAUAGAUGAAUGGAGAACAAUCUGUGAUGAAUUUGAAAUUUGUGCAGGUGGAGUUUCUCUUCUCUUGGAACUGGAAUAUAAGGAUUUGAAAAUGCCAACAUCUGAAAUGGGGAUGAUGGAUUCUGUUAGUGAGAAAAGAUCCGGAGGAGAGUUGAAAAAAAUGGCCUUUUUUUUCCCUUUGCAACCAAAUUUGAAAACAUGGAGGAAAUGUGCUGGUGAUAGUAAUGGCUUUUUCCAUAUCCAUGAAAUAAUGAGUUUUUGAAAAGACUUGAGUUUGUGUUCUAGCUAAAUAAUUUUAUGUAUCUGGAAACUUUGGUAGUCUUGUUAACCAUUAUAUGUAUUGAAGUGUAUAUUGUUUUUCAUUUGAUAAUAUCGAAGUCAAUACAUGGCCAUUUCCUAAGUGAUGGUGGUGUUGAUCAUGUAGAAAUGUUUUUAAUUAAAUCAGUUUGCACCUGCAAAAGUGUGCCUACUUUGGGCUGGAGGUGGACAAAUAUCAGCUAGGCCAAAACUAAAAUGGAAUUUUCUACAACUGGUUUACAUUUGAACUGCAUUUUGUUGUUAUUGUUUUAAACAAUCCCAAAAGUUGCAGAAAUCAAAAUUGAUUGGGUUAUAUUCAAUUUUGGAUCAUUCUACCUAGUGAGAAAUAUUCUUGUGCCAGCAUUCCUAAGGGGGAAACCAGUUUAGAAUCAGAGGUAAAAACUCUACUUAAAAUGACCCUUUGUUUCGUGCUGCUUUUGACAUUUAACUCGAGAAAUUCAACUCUGGGAGUUGAGUAGAUUUUGUAUAAAUGGUGCGUUUAUAGACUUGGAGUACAUUGUAAUUACUGAAAUGCUGUUUUACAAAGUACAGUGAUUGUACUAGUGCAUUAGUAAAUUAGAAAGGUUGCAUAAUUGGAAGGUUUAUUUAUUAAAAUAUUUGAUUUUAAUUAAAUGAAAACUUGUGGAAUUAGUGCAUUGAACAACAUGACACCACCACCAAUAACAAACAUUGUUGCUGUUUAAUUGUGUUCAAAAUCAUAGCAAGUUAGUAUGACAAACCAAUCAAUUUAUUAAAAGAUCAGAGUGGGGAAAAUAUCACAAUUAAUACCCAGGGGGUGUAAUAGAUGCCCAAGAAGGACCCAUGGUCUUCUUGGGAGCAGGUUUCAUCCUUGACACCCUACUUCCCAUUUCAAAAUUAGUUUUGAGUGACUUUUUUUUAGAUUGCCUAUUCACACACAACUUCUAGAGCCUUUCAAAAUAGUUCAGGUACAACUCAGUUAUGUUGUUAUGGUUGUACUCUGAUAUUGAUUUUUGCAUCCUGAAUUUUCCUUCAACUGUUGUGUGUAUCAUAGACUACUGGGUGGUUUUGGAAGUGGCAAAAUAGAAAGAUGAAUUGUACACUGGGAUUAUUUAUACACUGCUCUGAUCAUCUCAUGUAAUUGGGCUUGAGAGAAUUCAGCACUUAUCUUCCAAUACACUGCUUUUCAGCCUGUGUAACAAUGAAAUUUGAGUUGUAAAACAGUAUUACUGGCAUAAACAGGGCUUCAAAACUUGAAAUUCUCUUUUGAUAAAGAGAAAAAUCUUAAUGUAUUUUAAACUUGAGAAAGGUGUUUCUUAUAGUCCCUCAAUAGGAGGGUGUGAUUUAAACCUAAUUUUUAUGGUAUAUUUUCCUGUUACAUGUUCUGAUGCCAAUACCUCAAUUGUCUGAAUAAAUGUUUCUUUGGUCUGUAAAUUCUUGUAUCAUUUUUG